AUGGCUGAUGCUGCAGUGGUGUGUAGAGAGCUGGACUGUGGAGAACCUGUAGAUGCUCUGGGUGAUGCUCAUUUUGGACCAGGAUCAGGACCAGUCUGGAUGAAUCACAUUAGAUGUACUGGAUCAGAGUCCACGCUGAAGAACUGUAGAUCCGUAGGAUGGGCUAAUGCUCACUGUAAUAAUUUUAAUGAUGCUGGAGUCAUCUGCUCAGAUCAUAGAUAUUCCAGACUUAUUGAUGGACAUCAUCUCUGCUCUGGGAGAUUGGAGGUGGUUCAUGGGAACACCUGGGGUUCAGUGUGUGCCACUGCCUUUGACCAGCAGGAUGCAGAGGUUGUGUGUAGAGAGCUGGACUGUGGGGCUCCUGUACAGGUGCUGGGAGCAGCUGCUUUUGACAAAGGGAAAGGCCAUGUUUGGUCAGAGGAGAUUCAGUGCAGAGGAAAUGAAUCUCAGAUAUAUUUCUGUCCGAAGCUAUCUUCACAAAAACAAAACUGUUCCCAUGACGAUUUUGUGGGAGUUACAUGUUCCGGUUACACUGAUCUCAGGGUAGUAAAUGGUCCUGACAUCUGUUCUGGUCGAUUUGAACAUCAGUACUUCAGUAAAUGGGGCACAGUGUGCGAUGCAUGCUGGGAUAUGAGAGCUGCCAGUGUCCUCUGUAGACAGCUGAAUUGUGGGAUUGCUGUGUCUGUUGUGGGAUCAGACUGGUUUGGAGAGGGAAGUGGUGAAAUCUGGGCUGAUGUGUUUGAUUGUGACGGGAAUGAAACAAAUCUCUCAGAAUGUUCCAUCUCUUCGUGGAGUCGAGCUGAAUGUUCUCAUAGACGAGAUGUUGGAGUCAUCUGCUCUGAUUCCUCUCUGGCUCUUCAUAAUGGUCUGGUGCGGUUGUCUGGAGAGAGACAGUGUGAGGGGGAGGUGGAAGUGUUCGUCCAUCAGGUCUGGAGGAGAGUUCUGCUGGACUCCUGGAGUCUCUCUGAAUCCUCUGUGGUCUGCAGACAGCUGGGCUGUGGCUCUGUGCUGAACUUCCACAGCUCCUCUUCAUCCAGUCCUGAACACAGUCAUGAGUGUGUGACGGGCUUCCAGUGCUCUGGGAGUGAAGCUCAUCUGGGGAACUGCAGCUCUCCACAAACUCUCAACUGCAGCUCCACACAACAGCUGUCAAUCACCUGCAUCAGUCGCGGAUCCAUCAGGCUGGAGGGUUCUGGGGGAGAAUGUGCAGGGAGGCUGGAGGUUUUUCACAGCGGCUCAUGGGGGACAGUGUGUGAUGACUCCUGGGAUAUUAAAGAUGCUCAUGUGGUGUGCAGACAGCUGCAGUGUGGAGUGGCCCUCAGUAACCAGCAGGUACCAGCCUGGUUUGGUCCUGGUUCUGGACCCAUAUGGCUGGAUGAGGUGGAGUGUGAGGGGAAUGAGACGUCCCUGUGGAGCUGCUCUUCUCCAGGCUGGGGAAAACAUGACUGUCAACACAAGGAGGAUGUAGGAGUUGUGUGCUCAGAGUUCAAAGAGGUCAGGUUAACUGAGGGCUGUGAAGGGAAUGUGGAGGUUUUCUACAAUGGAUCCUGGGGUAAUAUGUGCUACCAUAAAAUGGACAGAGACACAGCGAGUCUGAUCUGUCAAGAGCUGAACUGUGGAAGAUCUGGUGUUUUGUCUGCUUCUGCACCAAGAUUGAAAUCAGCUCCUAACUGGCUGGAUGAAGUGAAAUGUCGACCACAUGACUCAAGUCUGUGGCACUGUCCAUCUUUACCCUGGGGACAAAAUUACUGUUAUGAAGUGGCCACAGUCACUUGCUCUGGUAAAGCAGAUGUGUUUUCCAUUACUAAACAAAAGUAUUAAUUUAGUUUGCU